AAGCGGAAGUGGCGGUGCCUGACGCUGCUGCCGGACUGGGCUCUGAGCUGGGCUCAGCGGGAGCGGAGCAGAAACCAUGGAGCGCAACAAGACGCGCCGGAGAGUACCAGGGAGCGGACGGGAGGAGCAGCAGCCCCAGGGCGGCUCGUAGGUCUCUCUCUGCCGGCGGACAGGAGCAGCGCAGCCAGGUGGACGCUGAGUUUGACGCAAGGCGUGCGUAAAAAUAAUAUAAAACAUAAAUAAAACUGUCUGGAGAGGAACGAAAAGACUGUUGGAGUCACCGGCCGCUACCAAGGAGUACAGGAGGAGUUAUUAUUCUUAUUAAUUAAUAAAAAUGUUUUAAAUGAACUUCCCUUCCGGUUUCUCAUCGUUUGGGAAAUUUAAAGUCGCACCCGCGCGCUGCGUAAAUCAUCCGCGUUCUCCUGUUUCCCCCACGAGGAGCGGCUACUUUUCUUCUAAGGAAUCUGAGAGAGGAGUGGAGCUCCACAAACACAGAGAAAUAAGGUCCAAGCCCCCGAGCUUUUAGGAACCAUGGUGAAGUUUCAGAACUCGGACCUCUGGAUAGCCUGGAUGGUUAUUUUCUGCAUGGAGGGUUCAAGAUUUGAUCUGCACAUAGGAAAAGUGUGUGUGCGGGCGCUGGAUGUGACCGUGUCCCAGAGCAGCAUCCAGGUGGCCCGUGGCCAAGCAGCCAUCCUGCCCUGUUCCUUCACCACCAGCGCUGCCCUCAACAACCUCAACAUCAUCUGGAUGGUGAUUCCAUUGUCCAACGCUAACCAGCCAGAACAGGUGAUAAUUUACCAGAACGGCCAGGUGUUCCACCUCGCCAACCACCUCAAUGGCCGUGUGGGCUUCGUGGCCACCAUGCCAAGCACAAGUGCCUCCAUCUUCAUCAACAACACCCAGCUGUCUGACACUGGGACCUACCAGUGCCUGGUCAACAACUUUCCAGACAGAGGGGGACGAAACAUCGGCGUCAUUGGGCUCACAGUGUUAGUGCCCCCCUCGGUGCCAGCGUGCCGAAUCCAGGGAGCGCUGGAUGUUGGCAGUGACAUCAUGCUGUUCUGCAGCUCAGAGGAAGGUAUUCCCACGCCGUCCUAUUCCUGGGAGAAGCUUGAUGCGCUGCCCAGACUGCCGCCUAACGCCAUGCAAGACCAGAUGCAGGGGACUGUCGCCCUGAGAAAUAUCAGCACCAGCACCUCAGGACUCUACCAGUGCACCUCCAGCAACGCCAUUGGCAAGAGCACGUGUGUGCUCAACGUGCAGGUUGUAGCACCCCAGCCACAGAGUGUUGGUCUAAUAGCAGGAACAAUCGCUACAGGAAUCCUCGCCGUCAUUAUCUGCUCACUGUUAGUGGUGGUCACUCUCUUCUACUGGAAGAACAAGAACAAAUAUGAGGAGGAGGAGAUCCCCAAUGAAAUCAGAGAAGAUGAUUUGCCUCCAAAGCGAUCUUCGUCAGUGAAGGCUUUCCACGCGGACGCCUCCUCCUCAGAGAACGACACGCUGACAUCUACGAACACAUACAACAGYCGCUACUGGCACAACCCCAAAACCAACUACGACACCAACUCCUACACUCGCUACAACGGAGACACUCGUCAGACCUUCACAGCCGCCGCCACACACGGAGCSCACGGACACACCCAGAACCCGGCRCAGGGACACAGCCCCGCCAUCACGGCCCCAGGCUCCACCCCGCUGUCCCGCCACGCGCCGCCCACAACGGCGACAGCGACGUCGUUUGCCAACGGCAGCCACACGCUGCCCCCACCCAAGACUCUGGUGGUCACGACGAACUCGGCCCCGUCCCCUCCUGCCAUGGUGCGCAGCAACGGCGCCGUGGGCCUCAAGCCCGUGGUGACGUCGGCGCUCGGGCACCACACGCACUCCUACGCCGUCAGCCAAGCGACUCUGGAGCGGAUGGGGGCGGUGCCGGUCAUGGUGCCUGCCCAGAGCAGAGCAGGCUCGCUUGUUUGAAACCUGGAUUGAAGAAGAGUUCGUGUUUGAGAACAAGACUAAUAAAAACCUGGCUGAAUUUGGGCUGAAGCAGCCCAGCUACCCUUUACAGCUGUGUCUUUAUGUGUGUCGACAUUUUUAAUAAGGAAAGAAAGAAACUGGUAUUCUAAAGUGCAGAGUUCAUUUAAUGCCAAUUCUUCAAUGGACUGGAUGAUUUUUUUUUUUUUUUUUUUUGAGAUGAACAUAUGCUUACAUGAAUUCCCGUCGUUUGAAGGAUUUCUUCUGGGGGGUGACAUGGGAAGUGGUUUCCCCACAUGGAUCACAAAGCUGGAGUAAGAAAUAACCUAAGAGAACCUGAAAUCUCAGAUUUUUAUUCAGGGCUGAAUCUUUGUGAUGAUGUUGCAUUUUUGUUCAGUUUUUUUUUUUUUUUUGGACUCAAAGCAGGAACAGUCACCUUCCUCAGUGAACAUCUGCAUGGUCUGACAGACGUAAGCUAGGACUCCCACAUUAAUGCAUGUGUCCUUUGAUUUGGGGGGGGGGGGUGUUAUUUCUCACAAGUUCAUUUCACUCCUGAAUUUUCAAUGACAGCAAUAGUUACGAUGACAGAGAAGUGAAUGUUCAAAGAUAUGCUUAGAGUAACCAAAAUCGUUUAAAGUUUAAUAAUGACGUGACGGUGGUGGAAAUGGCCUUACGAGUUCAGAGCUGAAAGAAAGUUUUUAAGUUGUUUUUAUGGUUGCAGUAGAUUUUCUUUAUGAACUUCAGCGAAUGCAAAUUACAUCAUGUCCAAGCACUUUUAAAACAAAUUUUAAUUAAAACAUUUGUCUUGUGAUUACCUGUUUUAUACUAAUAAUAUAUGUUACAUUUGUGUUACUAUUUAAAAUGACAGUUCAGAUCUUCUCAAGUGGGUUUGUGUAAUGCAGGGUUAUGAACAAAAAAAACAUUUUAUAUUGUUUUUCCAGCAGAAAAUGACAAUAAUUAGGGUAAAUUUUAGUACAUUUUUUACAAUCUGUGUUACAAAGCGCUUUACACGAAAUAAAUGCAGUACACAAGUAAUAACAUAAUUAAACAAGUGAUUUAAAAGCCUGAUAGAAACAAUGAAAUAAUGCAAACAAACAUCACCAAAACUUACAUAAACUGCAUAGUGGUAGUAUAUA